CUCAGUCUGACCUUGAAUAGGUAAACAGAAUAUUGAAACAACCAAAAGCUCUGUAUUGCUCUAUCUGCAGCUUCUACCAAGAACCUAAACAAUACCACCGAUACCCAAUAGCUUUCAAAGAAAUCAGCAACGAUGACGAUCGCAGAGGAAUUCGCCACGAGGAAUUUCAGUAUAUACGCGCAAUGGUAAGAGACUCUCUUCUUGACACCUUGCAAGCUGGGCUAGUGCGUCCAGAGAAGCUCAACAAACAAACAUGCUUCCGAAGAGCCAGCUCGCAGCAAGCAAGGGACCGGAUAUCGAUCAGACUUGCUUUCCCAUAUUUUCCGGAGGGCCGACGUUUGGACAUGGCUAACGGGUUAUUGUUUUCUUCAGGACGGGUGUGGUUUGCAUAUUCCUCUGCUUUGCGCUUGGCAUUGCAAACAUGUUCCACCUCAGUUUGGUUAUCCUAUUCAGUGCGCUCUGCCUGGUGUCAUCAUUCAUCAUCAUCUUCAUUGAGAUCCCGCUCCUCCUGAGAGUCUGCCCUACCUCGUCGACAUUCGAUGAAUUCAUGCGGAGAUUCUCGACGAACUACAUGCGCGCUUUGAUUUACUUCGUCAUGGCUGCCAUCCAAUGGAUCAGCAUUGCAGUUGGCGUCACAUCUCUCAUUGCUGCCGCCGUGCUGUUGACAAUUACGGCUGCGCUAUAUGCGGCGGCCGGCCUGAAGGGACAGGCUUUCACCGGUAGCAAGACCCUCGGUGGACAAGGCGUUGCGCAGAUGAUUGUGUAG